AUGACAUUAUAUACCGAUGAAAACAAUAGUAAAUGGUUUCGUGAAAAAGACUCUGGAUUUUGGCCAGGUCAAGAAUUUUCUAUCGAAAUCGAAGAAAUUUUAUAUCAAAAACAAUCAAAAUAUCAAGAUAUACUUGUUUUUAAAAGUAAAACUUAUGGCAAUGUACUUGUAUUAGAUAAUUGUAUUCAAUGUACUGAAAGAGAUGAAUUUGCUUAUCAAGAAAUGGCUGCCUUUCUUCCUUUAUUUGCACAUCCUGAUCCGAAACGGAUAUUGAUUAUUGGUGGAGGUGAUGGAGGUGUUAUUCGUGAAGUAGUAAAACAUCCACAAGUUGAAGAAGUUAUUCUUUGUGAAAUAGAUGAAGAUGUUAUUGAUGUAAGCAAAAAAUAUCUUCCUGAUAUGGCCAAAGAAUUUACCAAUUCAAAAGUAACAAUUGUUAUUAGUGAUGGAUGUGAAUAUCUUAAACAACAUACAAAUGAAUUCGAUAUUAUUAUUACAGAUUCUUCUGAUCCAAAUGGUCCAGCUGAAUCUUUAUUUGAACAACCAUUUUAUUCAUUAAUGAAAACAGCACUUAAACGACCCUAUGGUAUAAUAUGUUGUCAAGGUGAAUGUAUUUGGUUAGAUUUACCUUUAAUUAAAAAAUUAAUGACAAUCAGUCGUCAUCUUUUUCCAUCUGUUGCUUAUGCUAAUGUAUCUACACCAACAUAUCCAUGUGGAGCACUUGGUUUUAUUGUUUGUAGUCUUGAUGAAAAUGCUAAAUUAACCGAACCAAUUAAUAAGAAAUUAGCUGAUGAACUCAAUACAAAAUAUUAUACAUCUGAUAUUCAUCGUGCUUCGUUUGUUUUACCUGCGUUUGCUCGUCAAGUAUGUAAAGAGAAGAAAAAAAAAACAUGUAAAUUAAAUUAAUCAUUAAUUUUAUUUUCUAGGAACUUGAAGACAACAAAUAAAUAAAAUUGUUUGUUUUUUUAAGUAUCUGUACAUUUUCUAUGAUUUCUUAUUAUAGAAAUAAUACUUAUUCUUGUGAUUUCUUUUUGCGUAUCUAUUUGAAUAAACUUAAUCUCACUAUUAUAUAAACGCUUUUAAGACAUGAAUGAUAAUAAAAAAUUUGUAACGUCUCAUUAAACAUAGUAGAAAAGCUUCUUACUAAAAUAGAAUUUCAUUAAUUACGUUUGAGAGUAGUAGAUUAAUAAAAUAAUUGAAAAAAUAUGAAAUUUUAAUUCUUUAUAAUUUUAAUAAUGUUCGUUAAAAUUAUUCAAGACCCACAAGAAAAACUAUCUUUAUUAUGAACCAUUUUACAAUUAUUGUAGUAUUCGUUACAAGCUCUUCUGAUGCUUAACAAUAAAGCCUUGCGUAUAUUAGAUACAUUCAUCUUGUACAAAAAAAUAACAACACUGUCCUGAUCUACAAGAACAUUCCCCCCCCCCCCCCCCCAGAAUAAAAAGGCAUGGCCUUCUAUUAUGUCCAGGAACGCAAACGUCCAGGGGGGGCCUUCUAUUCCGGUUGGCUUUCUUUUUUAGGGUG